AUGGCAGCGGCAGCCAGUAUAAGUGAAUCUGUCGUCACCCAGGCUAUGCAUUUCAAAGAUGGCAGGACCGUCAAAACCCUGAAAGCAGAGAAUAAAGAGGUAGCUGCGUGGCUACCUGAUCGAAAUUCCGGCUCUUAUCAGGCUAUCAUCGAUUACAUGAAAUAUCUUCUUGGAGUUUCUACCUCUCGAGUACCAUAUCCUGAUAGUCCAACUCCUGAGGAGCUCAGUGUUCUCCCGCAAAUUACCCCCGAGUCCAUUCUCGCCGAUUCAACUGUAUUCUCUCUCAAUCUUCCACCUCCUAGUAUUUCCAAAAAAAUCACCCAUCGUCCCCGACAAAAAUCAUGCUGGUUAAUCUACAAAGAAUACUUUCUUUCUGAUAUGUCUCAACUUCUCAUUCCUCGUGCAACACUUGCUUGGGAGUCAAGAGACUGUCGUUGGAAUCAAAUAAUGCUUGCUCUGCUGCUAAAACACUGGAGAUGGGCACAAGUACAUGGCGCGUUCUCUUUAUAUGGGGCGGAUCCUAAGUAUUUUAGUGAUGCGAUAGUACGAGCUGUAAUGGAGAGAUGGCUUCGGGGACAAAAAACAAAAUCUGAAGUAUAUUACAUUCGAAAGAAGAAAACUCAGAGACGAGCAACUAUUUUUCGUUACCGGCAAGAAGCGCUUGAAGAAUUGGUUGAAGCCGAAAAUCCCCACCUUCUAUCCACUGCACUAGACUUCCUUCCAGAUGCUGUCUGCUGUUCGGAUACCGAGGACGAUGGACCUGGGCAGACUCGAGCGGUAGGGAUGGUUUGGAGAAGUCCAGAAUAUCAGGAGUUUCUUCAUUUACUCGAUAAGCUUUCUUUUAAGCAGCAGAAGGCCUUACAUGGAGCAAGGUGGGCAGCUCUUCGGCUGGAUAUGAGAAGGCGGCCGGCGGUCCGAGUCUCCACUUCUGGAAAAGCUCCCCGGAAUCUUCCAUUGAAUUGUUACUGUCCCAGUUGGCGGGAUAGCUUUCAAGAUACUAAGAAGUAUCUUCUUACUCAGAAAUCUUUCAGUCCUGCUCUUGGCGUCUUAACAUGUAUGAUACGCGCUGCUUUAUCGUAG